GGUUCAUAUCGCGGGUGGUAAGGGUAUAUAUGGAACGGUACCAUUUUGGAGUACCAUCAUUCGCUCUUAGUACCACCGUAGUAACGCGAAUACGUUGCAUAAAUUAAGAUGUUGGUUAAAUUUUUGGUUCUACUUUGCUCUUCUACAACAGUGGUACUCUCCCAAUACCAACCUCAACCCGUCCAACAACUCCCAGCUCAGUACCCCGCAGGAAUCGAUCCGAAAUCAUGCCCGAACUACCCUGAAUGCUCCAAUCCCCUGGUAGGAGUCCAAACAGUCAAAUCUGCACAACAGUACGCUCAGCCUCAGCCUCAAGCUCAAUACCAACCUCAAGAGUACAGAGCUCAACCUCAGUACCAACCCCAGUACACUGCACAGCCCCAAUAUCGGCAACAGCCUUUGGCUUAUCAAGCUCAGUACCAGCAGCCUCAGUAUCAGCAAGCUGCUCAGCCCGCCCAGCAAGAACAGAGUCAGUAUUCUCCUGAUGUGCAGCAGAAGUUGGAUCGUGGUGAAUACAUUGGUGAUGGUGACUACCAUGGAGAAGGGUUGGCUGAAUCAUUAGCACCAGAAUAUGCUGGUCCUCAGCAACAAUCAGCUGCCCCAGUCCAACAAGCGGCAGCCCCUCAAUACUACCAAGCUCAACCGGCCCCUGUAGCCUACGCUCCACAGCCUCAGCAAUACUCUCUCCAAUACGCUCCAAGUAACGCCCAAAGUGUUCAAACCCCUGCGUUUGUAGCCGCAUCCCAAUAUGCCCAAGCCAGGUCUUACAGCCCUUCACAGAACGCUUUGAGUAUUCGGUCUCUCCCGAGUCAGUCUGCUCAAAUUCCAGCUGGUUUGGACCCCAACGCUUGUCCAAAUUACCCUUUUUGCCAUUAGUGAGGAUGUUAGAUGGAAGUUUUUUGUAUUUAUUCUUAAUUUAUGUAAAGUGUAUUAUAAACUGUGAGCAAUAUAUUCGAAAAUAAAUGUCUGA